UCGGGAACUGUGAGGAAAGAGUUGGAAUCUUAUGCUAACUUAGACGUGUAUUGUGUUGAACUUGAACAUGCUUGUCAGGGAGUAUCAGUCUUCUUAGAUAGUGUGUUACAGCGUGAGCCGGAUUUGACAGGACAUUUUGCUUGCCCUAAGGGUUGUCUGAGUUCAUGACUUCUUUCCUGGUUCUGAGUUUUUGUCACCUCACUCAUUGAGAUUAAUGUUUUAUGUUUGGUGUUGGUUUUGAACAUGAGCCUGUAAAAUGUUACUCUGUUGAAAAUUCUCUGGUUUUGAAUUAUAGGCGCAGGGAUAGAGCCCAUCGAGAGAUCAAGAAUAUUUUCUAUAAGGCCAUCCAGAAGCGCAGGCUGUCAAAAGAACCAGCUGAGGAUAUUCUUCAAACUUUACUAGAUUCUACAUACAAGGAUGGGCGUCCUCUGACGGAUGACGAAAUAGCGGGGAUGCUCAUCGGACUGCUGCUGGCCGGACAGCACACAUCCUCCACCACCAGUGCCUGGAUGGGCUUCUUUCUGGCCAGAGAUAAACCACUUCAAAAAAAAUGCUACUUAGAACAGAAAGCAGUGUGUGGCGAGCAUCUGCCUCCCUUAACUUAUGAGCAGGUUUGUUUCCCAGGCACAGUUUGAGGCUUCUGUUCAUUCUAGCUUCAAAUAUGUUUUUAGGAAUUUUCUAUAAGCUUAGAUAAAAGAAAGAGCCGAACGCUCCUGCUUCUUUACGGUUGGUCAGGUGGCUUGACUUAAAGGUCUGGCCUCUGUACGUGGGGAGUAUCUCCUGAGUGUUGUGUUUUGUAA